CGGGCCGGGUCCAAUGGGUGCCCGCUCCCGAGUAGAAGGCGGAGGAGAGGAGGAAGGCGGCGGACUCCAGGCCCUGGCCCCAUUCAUUGCCGCGGCCAGCCGGGCUGGGGUCCCGUGUUCUCGGAGUCAUGGAGGCGCUAAUUCCUGUCAUCAACAAGCUCCAGGACGUUUUCAACACUGUGGGCGCAGACAUUAUCCAGCUGCCUCAGAUCGUCGUGGUAGGAACGCAGAGCAGUGGAAAGAGCUCAGUGCUGGAAAGUCUAGUGGGGAGGGACCUGCUUCCCAGAGGUACUGGUAUUGUCACCCGGAGACCUCUCAUUCUGCAGCUGGUUCAUGUUUCACCAGAAGAUAAACGAAAAACAACAGGAGAAGAAAAUGACCCUGCUACAUGGAAAAACUCAAGACACCUUUCUAAAGGGGUUGAAGCAGAAGAAUGGGGUAAAUUUCUUCACACCAAAAAUAAGCUUUACACAGAUUUUGAUGAAAUUCGCCUAGAAAUUGAAAAUGAAACAGAAAGAAUUUCAGGAAACAAUAAGGGAGUAAGCCCUGAACCAAUUCAUCUUAAGAUUUUUUCACCCAAUGUUGUCAAUCUAACACUUGUGGAUUUACCAGGGAUGACCAAGGUACCUGUAGGUGAUCAACCUAAGGAUAUUGAGCUUCAAAUCAGAGAGCUCAUUCUUCGAUUCAUCAGUAAUCCAAAUUCCAUCAUCCUCGCUGUCACUGCUGCUAAUACAGAUAUGGCAACAUCAGAGGCUCUUAAAAUUUCAAGAGAGGUAGAUCCAGAUGGUCGCAGAACCCUAGCUGUAAUCACUAAACUUGAUCUCAUGGAUGCAGGAACAGAUGCCAUGGAUGUUUUGAUGGGAAGGGUUAUACCAGUCAAACUUGGAAUAAUUGGAGUAGUUAACAGGAGCCAGCUAGAUAUUAACAAUAAGAAGAGUGUAACAGAUUCAAUCCGUGAUGAAUAUGCUUUUCUUCAAAAGAAGUAUCCAUCUCUGGCCAAUAGAAAUGGAACAAAAUAUCUUGCUAGGACUCUAAAUAGGUUACUGAUGCAUCACAUCAGAGAUUGCUUACCAGAGCUGAAAACAAGAAUAAAUGUUUUAGCUGCUCAAUAUCAGUCUCUUUUAAAUAGCUACGGUGAACCUGUGGAUGAUAAAAGUGCUACUUUACUCCAGCUUAUUACCAAAUUUGCCACAGAAUACUGUAACACUAUUGAAGGGACUGCAAAAUACAUUGAAACUUCAGAGCUAUGCGGUGGUGCUAGAAUAUGUUAUAUCUUCCAUGAGACUUUUGGGCGAACCUUAGAAUCUGUUGACCCACUAGGUGGCCUUAACACUAUUGAUAUUUUGACUGCCAUUAGGAAUGCUACUGGUCCCCGUCCUGCUUUGUUUGUGCCUGAGGUUUCAUUUGAAUUACUGGUCAAGCGGCAAAUCAAACGUCUGGAAGAGCCUAGCCUCCGUUGUGUGGAACUAGUUCAUGAAGAAAUGCAAAGGAUCAUUCAGCACUGUAGCAAUUACAGUACACAGGAAUUGUUGCGGUUUCCUAAACUUCAUGAUGCUAUAGUUGAAGUAGUGACUUGUCUUCUUCGUAAAAGGUUGCCUGUCACAAAUGAAAUGGUCCACAACUUAGUGGCAAUUGAAUUGGCUUAUAUCAACACAAAACACCCAGACUUUGCUGAUGCUUGUGGGCUAAUGAACAAUAAUAUAGAGGAACAAAGGAGAAACAGGCUAGCAAGAGAAUUACCUUCAGCUGUAUCACGAGACAAGUCUUCUAAAGUUCCAAGUGCUUUGGCACCUGCCUCCCAGGAGCCCUCCCCUGCCGCUUCUGCUGAGGCUGAUGGCAAGUUAAUUCAGGACAGCAGAAGAGAAACUAAAAAUGUUGCACCUGGAAGUGGUGGGGUAGGAGAUGCCAUUCAAGAACCAACAACAGGCAACUGGAGAGGAAUGUUGAAAACUUCAAAAGCUGAAGAGUUAUUAGCUGAAGAAAAAUCAAAACCAAUUCCAGUUAUGCCAGCCAGUCCACAAAAAGGCCAUGCUGUGAAUCUCCUGGAUGUGCCAGUUCCUGUUGCACGAAAACUAUCUGCCCGUGAACAGCGAGAUUGUGAAGUUAUUGAGCGACUCAUUAAAUCAUAUUUUCUUAUUGUCAGGAAGAAUAUUCAAGACAGUGUGCCAAAGGCAGUAAUGCAUUUUUUGGUUAAUCAUGUGAAAGAUACUCUUCAGAGUGAGUUAGUAGGACAACUGUAUAAAUCAUCCUUACUGGAUGAUCUUCUGACUGAAUCUGAGGAUAUGGCACAGCGUAGGAAAGAAGCAGCUGACAUGCUAAAGGCAUUACAAGGAGCCAGUCAAAUUAUUGCUGAAAUCCGAGAGACUCAUCUUUGGUAAAGAGAACUACAUGAUACGAGAGACUGUGUUGACUUGCCACUUGCUAGUUACUACCUACUUAAGUAGAAUUUUAUUUAUGAACUCCUGUGUAUUGCAAUGGUAUGAAUCUGCUCAUGUAAAGACUGGCUAUAAACUGAAAAGUGUAUACUGUAUUGGAAAACAAAUCACACAUUUAAUCCAAAUAAUAAAUGGCUGUUUCUUAAGUUUUCCAGUAUAUAUCAAAUACAUCAAGUCUGCCUUGUGACAGUUUCACUUGAAUUUUGAAAAGACCAGUUAGUGUUCUAGUAGUACAAGCAGUUUGCCUGUGGAUAAGAUGACCUGUGUAACCUUUGUUAGUAGUGUUAAAGCCGCUGCCAUAGUCCUUCAAGAAGAAAGCAACAAACCAACAUUUCAUACAACUGUAAUGCAUGUACCAUAUAAACUGAUCUGGCUUUGAAAGAUGUGGGUUGACAAGUUACUCACACAGUCACUGUGUUUACAGCUUUUUUGAGCUUCUUUGCAACUUCUGAUGUAUAAGAAAUCUGAAUGCAGAAGAUCUGUAGCAUUGACAAUGAUGGGGUGUGCAAAAUGUGUAACUACAUCACCCUUCCACUUUUGGUUCUUUACUCCCUAGUGCAUUAAACAUUAAUAUACUCUGAUUCUUACUUAAACCUGGAAGCAUGAAUUACAGUUUCCUGCAUUAAAAACAACCAUCUGGACUUGAUUAUCUAAUGAGACUUGAUAACAAUGGCCAAUUCCUUUUAAUUUAAGGAGGUUCCAAUGAAGACUUAAAUUCCCUUUGGUUUGCAAAUACAGUAGUAGAUACUAUAUUAGGAUGUACCUUUAAUAUGGGGCACUCACACCAUGUUCUCAAGAUUUACUUUGAGGUGUGACUUAAAACCAAAUACUAUGCUGAUCAUUUAGGUGUAAUAUUCUAUCUUCUCUGCUCUAUAAGGUCGGUAUAGCUACUUUUGCUUCAUACCCCAAAAUACAUUGGAAUGGAGGUAUGUAAACAUACUGGUGGAACUUUAUAUUUUAAACAAAAACAGACUCACAUACAAACUAAAGACUUAUCAACUACUGAAUUGCAUUCAGGGAGUGGGGGUGCAGGUUUAGAUCAUAAAAUUUCCCAGGUGAUUCUUGAUAUGAACUAUAGAUUUUAAGAUAUUGGUAGAAAGCCUUAAAACAUCUAGGUCCAUCUUUCUUGAACAGAUAACACCUUAAUACAGUAUAUAUUGCAGACAUUAAAAUUUGUUUUCAAGUUAUGACUAAGUCUUAUGAAGGACUACUGGUAAGUAAAACAGGAAUAUGUUCUUUUACUUAAGUUUAUGGUACCCUUUUAAGAAACAACAGACUCAGCACUGAUCUCAAACAAAAAAAACAAGAACUGGUCUGAUAUGAUAAUGGUACUACUUUGAAUCUGUAAGCGUCUUGACAGAGAAUACAUGCUACCAGAAUAUUUGUUAGCACACUUAUAAAUCACUCUGCCAUCAUUAAACAUCAGUUUUGAAAUUAUAGCCAUAAUUUACUUAUUGCAGAUAGUAGAUCAAACUACCACCAUUCUGGAAUGCCAUGGCCUUCUGAAUUUAUAAGGGAAAAACAUCUUACAGUGCACCUUUCUCCAUCAUAUCAAACAGAUCCUAACAAACAAAAAGUUAGCUUUAAAGCCAUGCUAUGGUAAUGCACUUGCUAGUACACACUUUGUACAAAGAAAAACAGAGGCAAGAAACUUACAGAAAGAAAGAGAACUUCCUUUGUUGGCCCUUAAAAUGAGUGAAGUUCUGAAUGUAGAGAUGAUCUCUGACAUUUAUAAUGGAUACUUGUAUGUUGUCGCUAUGUAAAUAAAAUUGCUGGUAUGAAAUGACAUUGAAGUUUGUCAAUAAAUGAAUACUUCCUAAA